UCAUGCAUGACACAAUAUAUGAUUUGCUAGAUAGUGAAAGCCAUGAAGCCACCCAAAUACAUGGCUCUUAAUUGCUGUGUGGUUCAGGUUCCUGUAGUUCAUGAGGUUCUGACCUAGCUUCUGGCCACCUGCUUCUUCUGUAAACUUUUCUGAGUGCUUCCAUUGUGUGAUUUGUGCUGAGGUCCAUUUCCCUCCACUGUCCUACAAGAUUAUUUACCAUUCUUUUUCCUUUCUUUGCAACCACUUUGGGGCUGGUGUUAUGUCUCAUUUUGGUCUGGAAUGUGUUCUAUUUUUCCUUCCAUCUACAGCUCUUUUCAGAGGUGUUGACACUCAUCGACCCUCCUCUCUUUCUAACCACAGAAGUCCUUAGUUAUAGUUGUGAUAGACUGAAAUUCCUUACAGUUCAAUUGAAGUUAUGUGAGGAGAAGAUAAGAAGCUAGUACUUCCUGGGUCAGCAUGUGGAGCUCCAUGACCUACUGCUUUCCACUUUCCUCUGAUGCUGUCAGAAACAGCUGAAAAUUUUACUCUGUCUUUGCCAGUUUUCUCACGGCCUUUCCUCCCAGGACUAUGGAGCAUUUUUGCUAUAAUUGAUUAUUCACAGUGUGCCUAGGACAUGCUGAACCAACUUUGAAGUUCUUUGCUUUCUCAAGCUAUUUAAUUUUUUUCCUCUGCUCUGCUGGAUUUCUGACUACUGAGGAAAAAAAAUAAAAAUAAAAGAAAUCUCUACUGGGGGAAGAUGUUCAGGCUUCUCCGUUAUAGUGCUGUAGCUGUGGCUGUAUUAUUACAACUUAGUUGUUACUUCUGUGUGUUGCAGAACCCAUGCUUAGGAUACAAGCUUCAACAGAAGGAACAAACACUUCCUCCUCCACUUCCACAUCUACAACUGGGACAAGUCAUCUCACAAAAUGUGACAUAAAGCAGAAAGCCUUCUGUGUAAAUGGGGGAGAGUGUUAUAUGGUUAAAGACCUCCCAAACCCCCCAAGAUACCUGUGCAGGUGCCAACCUGGAUUCACUGGAGCAAGAUGUACUGAAACUCUGCCCAUGAAAAUCCAAAACCAAGAAAAAGCUGAGGAACUGUACCAGAAACGGGUGCUGACCAUAACUGGCAUUUGCAUUGCUCUUCUAGUAGUUGGCAUCAUGUGUGUGGUGGCCUACUGCAAAACCAAGAAGCAGAGGAAAAAGUUGCAUGACCGCCUUCGGCAGAGCCUGCGCUCGGAGAGGAACAACGUGAUGAACAUGGCCAACGGGCCACACCACCCCAACCCCGCACCCGACAACGUCCAGCUCGUGAAUCAGUACGUUUCGAAAAAUGUAAUCUCCAGUGAGCAUGUCAUCGAGCGAGAAACAGAGACCUCAUUUUCCACAAGCCACUACACCUCAACAACACAUCACUCCGUGACAGUCACCCAGACACCUAGCCACAGCUGGAGUAAUGUCCACACUGAAAGCAUCCUCUCUGAAAGCCACUCGGUGCUCGUCAGCUCCUCCAUGGAUAACAGCAGGCACACCAGCCCAGCAGGGCCCCGGGGCCGCCUCAAUGGCAUCGGCGGGCCACGGGAAGGCAACAGCUUCCUCCGGCACGCGAGAGAGACUCCCGACUCCUACCGAGACUCUCCUCACAGUGAAAGGUAUGUCUCAGCUAUGACCACACCAGCUCGCAUGUCACCUGUUGAUUUUCACACUCCAACUUCUCCCAAGUCCCGCCCCUCCACAAUGUCACCACCGGCUUCCAGCUUGACCGUCUCCAUCCCUUCAGUGGCAGUGAGUCCCUUCAUAGAAGAGGAGCGACCACUGCUCCUGGUGACUCCUCUGCAGCUGCAUGAGAAGUAUGACCACCACCUUCAGCAAUUCAACUCCUUUCACCACAAAGCCACCCAUGAGAGCAACAGCCUGCCACCAAGUCCUCUGCGGAUCGUGGAGGAUGAGGAGUACGAGACCACACAGGAGUACGAACCAGCACAGGAGCCUCCAAAGAAACUCACCAACAGCCGGAGGGUCAAAAGAACAAAGCCCAAUGGCCACAUUUCCAGCAGGGUGGAAGUGGACUCUGACACAAGCUCUGAGAGCAGCAGCUCCGAGACCGAAACCGAAGAUGAAAGAAUAGGCGAGGAUACACCAUUCCUGAGCAUCCCGAACCCCGGGGCAGCCAGUCUGGAGCCAGCCACCGCCUUCCGGCUGGCUGAAACCAGGACUAACCCGGCAAAUCGCUUCUCCACUCCAGAAGAGUUACAAGCAAGGUUGUCCAGUGUGAUAGCUAACCAAGACCCUAUUGCUGUAUAAAACAUAAAACACAUAGAUUCACAUGUAAAACUUUAUUUUAUAUAAUGAAGUAUUCCACCUUUAAAUUAAACAAUUUAUUUUAUUUUAGCAAUUCCGCUGAUAGAAAACAGGAGGGGAAAAAACUUUUAUAAAUUAAAUAUACGUAUGUACAAAUGUGUUAUGUGCCAUAUGUAGCAAUUUUUUACAGUAUUUCAAAAAUGGGGAAAGAUAUCAAUGGUGCCUUUAUGUUAUGUUAAGUUGAGAGCAAGUUUUGUACAGUUACAAUGAUGACUGUCCCAUAGUAUUUUGCAAAACCUUUUAGCCCUCAGUUGUCCUAGCUUUUUUGUGCACUGCAUUAUAAUGACUGGAUGUAUGAUUUGCAAGAAUUGCCGAAGUCCCUCUGGUUGCUUGCUGUAGAGUCUCCAAAUCAGAAAGCCCUGUAAUGGCACUCCCACCCUAUUCCACCAGAAAAACACACAUAUACACACACAGAGUCAGAAAGAAAAAAAAAAAUUAAAAAAAUAUAUAAAAAAGUAAAAAAAAAAAACAAAAAAACAAAAAAAGUUUCUUCUUUGAGAACUUUUAUUUGCUUUCCGUAUAUGAGAUGAAUUUUGUCUGCUCUCUGCCAGCCAAAAGGUUUGCUUCUUUGAGCACUGGGAUAAUAGUAGAUCCAACAGCAUGCUACUAUUAAUUACAGCAGGAUAACAAAAAACAUACAAACAAAAAAAAAAGCCAACCUGCAUUAAA